AUGAAGCUAGGAAUCAUACCAUAUCAAGAAAAUACUGAUUUUGUUUCCGGUAAAGACACAAUUGAUAAUAGACCAUUUCUACCGAAUUUCCAGACUACCCAUAAUUAUAAAGAUUUGGAAUUCGUCAAACCAGAAGAUAUACCAUUAAAUAAGAGAAACUUUAUAUAUCGAGUAUGUUCUCCUAAUCCGUUAUUUAAGGAAUUAGGAUAUUGUGUCAGUGAAUAUCCAUUCGAUGAGCCAGGGUUCAAUUUGAUGGAUCGAUCUAAUAGGAUAUCGUUACUUCAAGGCACGAAUGAUACGAUCUCGGUGAAAGAGUACCUGGGCUGGAGAACGUCUCGGGCAGAUGUUUGCAUCAAGGAAGGAACUGCUUAUUGGGAAGUUGAAAUAUUAAAUGGUGGAACUCCCAUUGAUAAAAGUGCCAUUAAGACAGCCAAUGGGAAUGAUGCUUCUAAUGACAAUUAUAAUCAUAGGAUACCAUUGCAAGUGAAAAAGGAUCUGUUGAAUACAACUCCACAUGUACGAAUGGGGAUAUCAAGGAGAGAGGCAUCAUUGGAAGGACCAGUUGGGUUUGAUUCAUACGGAUACGGAUUAAGAGACAAUGCUUUAGAAUCUGUUCAUAAGGGUAAAAUCCAACAAGUUUUAAAGACUAUGGAUGCAGUCCGAUCUGGGGAUAUAUUGAGUUUUGUUUUGGAAUUACCAAGUAUAGACGUUCAGAAGGAACAAGCUGCAGAAUAUACCCGAAGAAGAAUUGAGGCCUUAAUCCAGCAUUCAACUAAAAUUAAUAACGUUUCAAAUAACAUGGAUUAUGCUGAAGAAAAUGGACCAUUGAGGAAGAAGAUAAAAAUACAAGAAUCACGAAGAGCUUUCCAAAAAGCUUUAUUGGAUGAUAUCGAUUAUGAUAAUGUGAUAAGAGAUCAUAUUGCUAUUAGAUAUAAGAAUCAACUAUUUUUUGAAGCGACAGAUUAUGUAAAGACAACGAAACCGGACUACUAUUCAUCAGAUAAAAGAGAGCGUGAAGAUUAUUAUCAAUUAACAGGGUCUUCAUUGCGAGUUUACUUGAAUGGAGAAUAUUUAGGUAAUGCAUUUGAGGAUCUUAAGCCAGUUUUACCACCAUUUAGUGAAUUACAAUAUAAUGAAAAGUUUUAUCAAAAUUAUUGGAGACAUGGGAGACCAUUAGAAGAGAACUCUAGUGAUAUUAGGAAUUCAACUUAUAAUCUUGAACUAAAAACUGAGAGAGGAUCAUUACUAAGGAAUAAAUAUGUUAAUAACAAUAAAUUGGGGUAUUAUCCUACGGUAAGUUGUUUCAAUGGAGGGACGGCGAGGAUUAUAACUCAACCUAGGAAAAUGAAGUAUCUUAAUGAUGUGAAAGAACAUGUGAGAGACAUAGAAAGCCUGAAAACACUGGAUAUAAUAUUUGAAGAACAAAUUGCAGAAGAUAUAGUAUGGGAUAUCAUUGAUGAAGUUGAAGAAUGUGUUACUACUUCAAAAGAAGGUGUUCCGAUGAAUGCAAGAUGGGAACAAAAAAUAUUGACACUGAUAUAA